AUGCCUCAAAAGUUCACUAUUCUGGUUCUAAAAUCUACUUCUCCUCUCCAAACUAACACGGCUCUAAAUAUUCCUCACCCUCCCCAGGCUGCUGCAAUUCAUCCUCCAUCCUCUGCUCAAACUACUUCAGCUACAAGUUUGCCCCAGACUGCUGCUCGACCAAGCGCACCCCAACCUCCAUCUGAGCCCCACACAAAUAUAAGUCAAACUGCAGUCCCUCCGAAUUUGGUUGAAAGGAUACGAGUGUUUGAAGACCGGUCUCUACGACGUCUUGCCCCUGUUACCAUAUCUGAAACUGGUCGGCCACGGGUUCUCAUCCCUGAUGAAGUGUUUCAGCGUGGAGAAGAGCUACACAAGAAUUUCAUCGUGUGCUAUUUUAAUGGUCGUCCCCCUCCUUAUAGCCAAAUUCAAAGCGUGCUCAACCAUAUGUGGGGAAAAGGCGGAAAGCUUGAGAUUCAUAACAACCCUAUCAGCAGAAACAUGAUUGUUAGAAUUCCGAGUGACUACCUUAGGAAGAAGAUCCUGGAAAAGGGCUCUUGGUAUGUGGGGGACUCUAUGUUUCAUACAGCCCAAUGGUCCUCUGCUCAUUCUGCCGAUCUGGUUGCUGGCUUAGUGGGUGAACCAGUUGAAACUGAUGAUAUUACUAAGAAUCUUGUCAGCCUUACUUUGUCUCAUGUGAAAGUGGAAGUGAACCUAACUAAGGAACUACCUAGGGUGGUUGAGUUCCAACGUCAGAGUGGUGAAGUUGUGGAAGUGCUGGUUGAUAAUCCGUGGUUGCCUCCUACUUGUUCUCAUUGCAAAGAGCUUGGCCAUAUAGUCCAAAAUUGCUUGAAAGUCCCUCUUCCUCCAAGAACGACAAAUGCAACUCCUAAGGCUCAAGUUGCUAGGGAAGCAAAGAAAAAGAAUGUAAGCUCUGAUCAGGACACUGUGUUUCAACAUGCUCAUGAUCUCCCUAACAAUAAAAAAAACAAAGAGGCGGCCUCUACCUCUUCUACUCCUGAUGUGGUUUCAAAUUCAGAAAAUCAUCCCCCAGUUACUCCUGUUUCUCAUUCGGCUAUUCUCACUGCCAGGAUCCCAUUUCCUCGUUCCUCAUCCUUGCCUCCUUUAGUCCCUACGACUGUCCCUGUUAAUGUUCGUGGCCUAAAUGACCCGAGCAAGCAUCAGCCUUUUUGUCAAUGGCUUAUUAGCCACCAGCCUAUUUUUGGAGCUAUCCUAGAAACUCAUAUAAAAGAUCUAAACUUGAGCCGUCUAAUGUCUAAGCUUUGCAAUGGUUGGAGUUUUACCUCUUAUCAUUCGUCGGAUGAGAAUGGCCGAAUAAUUUUGAUUUGGAGGGAUCCGGCUAAGGUUCGCAUUCUCCAUCAGUCCCAUCAAACUCUCACCUGUGAACACUCGAACCCUGAUAUCAACACUUUCAACUCCAACAUGAUUGACUUUCGUGAUUGCCUAAAUCAGAUGGGAUUAUUUGAUUUGAGGUUUCAAGACCUAUUCUUUACGUGGACCAAUUGUCAACCUGACUCUCCUGUGGCAAAAAAGAUCGACAGGCUCCUUGUAAACUGCCAUGCGUUGUCAAUGUUCCCCAACAGCACAGCCACCUUCCUGCCUCCCCUAACCUCUGACCAUAGCCCUUGUCUUGUUGACCUUGCCCAUCAGUUACCUAAAGCUGGAACCCGUCCUUUCAAAUUCUAUAACUACCUUACAAAGCACCCAAACUUUCACCAUCUGUUGCAAGAGGCUUGGUUUCAGGUCGGAAGCUUUGGUUUCACCCUCACUAUCCUGUGUUGGAAACAAAAGACUAUAAAGAGGGCAUUAAAAGAGCUAAAUAGAGAGAAUUUUUCACAAAUACAAGUGAAAGUUUGUGAGGCUUACAGUUUGUUACAAGUUGUGCAGUCCAUUCUUGCUCCUGAGAUCCUUCCUUCAAUGUCUAUCUCAUCUCCUCUUGAUUGGACUGUCCCAAGCAGAAUGCGACAUGAUCAAAUUCUCUACUGGAAUGCCACAUGGUACCCUGCCAGUGAAAUGCUUAUUCAACAAGUUAUGCUAAGCAUCAACAAUUGUGAAAUGCUUAUUCAACAAAUUAAAAGUCGAAUUACCUCUUGGAGUGCAAAGUCUCUUUCCUUCGCAGGGAGACUUCUCCUCAUCAAGACGGUUAUAGCUGGCAUCUCAACUUUCUGGUGCGCAUCGUUCAUCCUCCCAAAGGCGUGUAUUGACAGAAUCAACUCCUUAUAUAGUGUGUACCUUUGGAAAGGAAACGUCGAAGGUCAUCACUCAGCGAGAGUCUCGUGGGCAACAAGUCAAGGAGGAUUAGUGUGGGUCGCCUGGUACAAGAGUGUGGUCCUGAAAGGUUCUCUGAAUAAUUUCUGGACUGCUAAACCUCAUAGAAAAGCAUUCAUGGCUAGCAAACAAACUCCUCAAGACAUGUUCCCAUGGAUAAAGCUGAGAUUGGGAAACGGAAACAACUGCAGAUUCUGGUCGGAUAACUGGUCUCCUUUUGGGAGUAUUAAAAGUUUCAUCCAUUCCCGACGAGGGAUCACGGAAAAUGCCAUUCUCUCGAGUCUUCACCAUCAGGGCCAAUGGAUGCUUCCAUCUGCACGUUCCGAGAGCGAGGUCAGUCUGCAAGCUUAUCUAACUACAAUUGAUUUAACGGCGGAAGAUGACUACUAUGAGUGGGUAAUUGACGAUCAAGUGAGCGAAAAGUUCAGAACAAGUCAAAUUUACAAAAAUCUUAGAGAUGAUUUUGAGGAGGUACCUUGGGAAAAGAUAGUUUGGUCAGUUGGAGGGAUCCCGAAACACAAUUUCUUGACUUGGCUCUUCAUCUUAAAUAGAUGUCCUACUAGGGAUCGUAUUUUAGGAUGGGGUCUCCAGAUGGAUGCAAAUUGCUUGUUAUGCAACUCUUGUUAUGAAAGUAAGGAGCAUAUCUUCUUUGAUUGUGCUUUUAGUUGGGACAUUUGGGUGGAGGUGGCAAGACGGAGCAAUCUUCAAGCUUGUAGAGUUUGGGCGGACUCAAUCUUACAGAUGCAAUCCUUGUCGGGAGGGAAGCAUGCAAAUCGAUUAACUCUUCUGGGAUGGCAGGCAACGAUAUAUUGGAUAUGGGCAGAACGAAAUGCAAGGCUACAUCAACAAACUUUCCGGUCGACUGAAACUCUGAUUACUCUCAUUGACAGUUCUCUCUUCCAGACUGCUGCAACAAUGGCGCUCGACGGAGAUCCCACG